AGAAGGCAGCAGCACCGUCCAUCCGUCUGUCUGCCCACCUCCAUCGCAGCGAACGCAUCCGAUCCGAUCCGAUCCGAUCCCCACCAGCCAUGUCUCUGGAAGCCAGCACGGGCCCCGCCAAGCGACGACUCAGCAGCGAGCAGCACGAGGACGAGCCCAAGAAGCUCAAGCACGACGAUGGCCACGCCGAGUCCGACGACCAGCCCAGGCCCGGCGACACCGACCGCGACGGCGACGGCAAUCGCAGAGAACCCUACCCUCGUCUCCGGGUCUCCGAGCUGCCACAGCACACCAACGCCGAAACCCUCGCAAAGUAUCUGGUCGAGUGGGGGGUCAAGCACCACAAAAUCAAAAAGGCCCCCGGAUGGAGCUACGCCUUCGUGAGCUUUGAGAGUACUGCGCUCAGGGAUGCCUCCAUCAAGCUGAUCGACGGCCAGGAGAUCAAGGGCAACAUCGUCAGGGCUACCGAGACGGUUUUGCGCGAUGACCGGCGGCCCGCAAGAGAGAGCAACAUUCAAGACGACAGAACUCCCGCAGAGGUCCUGGCCGACCAGGUCACACCGCUUUGGCGAAAGAGCUACCCGGUCCAGCUGGACGAGAAGGCUCAAGAGAUGGGUCGGGCCCUGGGCAAGUUCAAGCGCAAGAUGCAGGACUAUGUCUAUGCCAAGGACAGCUCGCCGCGCGCCCAGAACAGCAUUGCCUGGGUCAAGUCGGCCAUCCAGACACACAAGAACCUCUGCCCGAUCCUGCCGAUCAUCCCGUCGCCAGUCGAGCGCGACUACAGAACCAAGUGCGAGUUCUCCAUGGGCAGAAACCAGGAGGGCGAAGCCGUCGUUGGUUUCCUGACUGGUCUCUUCAAGAAGGGCUGCACUACCGUCCUGGAGCCCGCCGAGAGCCUGCACAUUUCGCUGCCCGCCAAGCACAUCGCCAGCGAGACUCAAGCAUACAUCCGCAAGUCGCAGCUCCCGAUUUACGAUCGCGUGGAGCACACCGGGUUCUGGCGAGCCCUCUUGGUCAGAACGCACUCUACCGGAGAGAACAUGGUUGUCGUCCAGGUGAACCCUGUCGGAGUCACCCCCGAUAACAUCCAAAAGGAACUUGAGGCCUACAAGCAACAUCUACUUGGAAGCGCAGCAACCGGUGACGUUGAGAUUACUACAAUCUUGGCUCAGCAAUCGGCCGAGUCCUUCAACGGCUUCCAUGAAAAGACUCCUUAUGAAGUGCUCCAUGGUCCUGGUGUUGUGCACGAGAAGCUCCUCGGAACGAGCUUCCGCAUUUCCCCCACGGCUUUCUUCCAGAUCAACACUCUGGCAACCGAGCAGCUCUUCAGCCUCGUUCGAAAAUGGUGCAGGCUCGAGGGGACCGGCACCUCGGCCCAGAACAACAAUACCGUCUUGCUCGAUCUGUGCUGCGGAACCGGAACGAUCGGACUGACCAUGGCCCGCCAGGUCAAGAAGGUCAUUGGUGUCGAGAUUGUCCAGCAAGCUGUGGAGGAUGCCAAGGCGAAUGCCGCCGAGAACGGAAUCGAGAAUGUCGUUUACAUCGCCAAACCCGCCGAGGAAGCCAUGAGCGAGGUGUUUGCCGAGCACGUCAGCCCCGGCGACAAUGUCGUUGCCGUCUUGGACCCGCCUCGUGCUGGCAUGCACGCCAAGGUCAUCAAGGCGAUCCGUGAGUGCAAAGCGCUCAAGCGACUGAUCUAUAUUUCGUGCGAUGCCAACGCCGUCACCCAGAACUUUGCAGACCUGUGCCGCCCUAUCUCGAACAAGUUCCCCGAUGCGCCCUUCCGUCCCGUGCGAGCCCAGCCAGUGGAUCUCUUCCCCCACACCAAGCACUGCGAGCUCGUUGUUGAGUUUGAGCGCGUCGAUUUGGCUGCAGGAGGCGUGGCUACCGACGAAGGCGCCGCAGAGGAGUCGCACAGCAACCCCAAGCGCUCCAACAACGAGGACGCCGAAGAGGCAAGCAAGAACGAUGGCGAUGCCGAGGCUGAGGUCGAGGGCGAUGAACUUGUCAAGGAAGAAGCCAAGGAUGAGACGGGAAACGGCGAUGGAAAUGAAGCAAAUGGCGAUAACGAGGGCGGGGACAACGAUGAUGUGGAAGAUGAGGAGGAUGGAGAUGAGGAGCAAAACGAGAAGGUGGUCAAGGCUCGUUCAUCCCGCACAUCGUGUGUUGCCCAGUGAACGAGGCGAUGUCGAGGCAUUCAAACGCCGCGCCAUGUCAGCCAGCAACCGGGGGACUCGUCGGUGUUUGCUGAACAGGCAUCUCUCCUGCAUCGACCGGCGACCUUGCGUUCUGCUUGUCUCUUUCUUGAGAUUGUCCGCUCUCGUCCUUCCGCUAUCCCCUCUCCCCUCUCCCUACCCUCAUUCCCUCCGAUGAUUUGUUGUUGUGCAAUAUAGAGAUGUGUCUUGUCUGGCCGCGUCCGUGC